AUGUCUUCGAGAGCAACUGAUUAUUUUAAUCAAUCCAGCCUCGAGAUGGUAGAAAUCUAUACGGGAGAACCGGAUACCGGAAAUGGGAGCUUCUUCACCUCAACUCCCGUACUGUACUUGCUCGUUUUUGUUCUUAUCAUCUCUUUCAUUGGAAGUUUGGUAGCAUUAGUUCGUUGUACAAAGUGGUUGGUUGGUCGAAGACAAGGAACGAAUGGAAAUCAGAGGGGUGGAGAAAGACAAAGAAUGUCCACAAUUCUGGAAGGAGCCGAGCAAUCAGGAAGUGGUUCUGGUAAUUCUCAAGAAGGGCCCCGGACGGAACUAGAUUAA